GUUUUCUUUAGACCUUCUGGACAGCGACCCGGGGCGGGGUGCUACAGAAUAUGAUGAUCCAAGAGGUGAUGGGGGCCAAGUACUCGGCCUCUAAAAAGGCUUAUCUGAUAAACAUUUUAAGCCACAAGACCAACCAGGUGUACGGGCCGGCCCAGAUCGUCCUCACAAAGGAGGAGUACACCUGGGCCCUCCGUUUCCUGGAGGUGAAAGACAAACUGCCUGGAGGGACAACGGCAAAAUAUUUCUUUUUUACUUCCACCCCUAACCCUUGCAAAAACCUGAAUAAUUACUUUCAGGAGGCGUGGAAGUAUAUGGACUUGCCGGGGACGCCCACCUUCACGGACAUCCGGACCUCCAUCGCCAGCCACGCAAAGUUCACGCACGGCAACGACGACAGAGAGAAAAUAUCGAAGUUCAUGUGUCACGACGUCAAAACGGCUGACAAAUUUUACGUGACAAACCUGUCAGCGAAGCAGGCGAUGGAGCACCGCAUUCUUUUUGAGAGGUCCUUGGAGGGUGAGGAGCGCUCUCCGGCAAAACCGGCGUCCGCGGAGCCCGGGGCCGAUAAGAAGAGGCAGUCGAAGAGGAAGUCGACAAAGCCACGCAAGAAAAAACCGAAGAAACGCAAACGUCGGGGAGCGACACGGCCGCCGCCACCUCGGAUGAGGAGUCCAGCCAGGAAGAGAAAGCGGAGAGAAAAAAGACUGCAAGGAAGAAAUACCCCCUCCAACAGGGCAGCCCGCGGGUCUUGCUGACGCCAGUAAAAUCUGGCGUAAGAAAGUUCUCGCAACUGUCUCCGUUAAAGGUCAGAAAGACCAUUGUAUCAAAAUCAAUGACUUUGACGGGCAUGGCCCGGCUUGCCAAGGGGGCCUCUGUCGUGAGGGACCUCAUGGCAAAGACACAAAAAAGCCCUUCCCCAAAGACCCCGAAAGAGGACUGAUUUGGUUUUUGAUAGAUGUGUGUUUUUUAAAUAGAUGUGUUUUUUAAA